UAUUCUUUGGAGAGCUUUCAAGCAACCAAAGGGGUGGUCUGAGAUUUGGAGAGCCAGGCAACAUUUUCGAAGUCUGUGGCUUUCUAUAUUUAUGAAGAGAUAAUGUGCAUUUCUGUCUUCCUUUUCCCCCUGAGCUCCACAACCGAGCAUCUGUCCAGACUUUUGACAGCAACCUUUCCGCUCUCCCUGGCGUUGCUUCUUCCUUUCUUUCUUUCCUUCUGCCAGAAUCAGAAGCAAGAGGGGAAGACUUGGAAAGGAUGCUUUCCAAGUGAAGGCAUGGGGAGGGGAGUGACUUGAAGGGGAGGAAGGGAGGAAGGAAGGAAGGAAGCCUGCCUCCUCUUCUUUCUUUCCACUUUUUUAUUUUUGGUGCAUCUGGUCCUCUUGCCAUCUGAGUGAGCAGGUCGCUCAGCAAAAGGGCACAUCUUCGCAGCCAUCGCUCUCUUUGGGGGAAACAUCCUUGAAGUUGCUGAAUUAUCUCUUUGCAAAUCCAAGCCUUUGAAGAAAGCAUCUCUUCAGAAGCUGAAGAAGAAGCCCUUUGAAAGGAAGGAGUCCUGAGCCUGGAGAGAAGAAGAUGCUCAGCCCAGGAGAGCCAAGCAAAGGCAUCUCCUCCUGCCUCGCAGAUGCUUGUUCUUGCAGUGGAAGAGGUUGACCUCCAGCCAAAUCCUUGGUCUGUACCUGCUGUCCACACAGCAGUGAAUCCGAAGGAUGCUGAUAAGGAUCGGUCCCAGUUGUUUUUUGGAGCAGCAACUUCCCAUCGUGGAGGAAACGGAGGAAGAGUCUCCCAGGAAGAGGUCCACCCCAGCUCCAUUCAUGACUGAGGGACCUUCCCAAGCGACCAAACCAGACCUGUUUCCUGCCAAUGCCACCAACGUGACAGACUGUGGGGAGGAUAUCUUGCUCUAUGGGGACACAGAGAAGGUCGUCAUAGGGACGGUCCUUUCCGUCAUCACCUUGUUGACCAUCGCGGGCAACAGUUUGGUCAUCAUCUCCGUGUGCAUCGUCAAAAAGCUCCGGCAGCCAUCCAACUACCUGGUGGUCUCCUUGGCAGCUGCCGACUUGUCCGUGGCCUUCGCCGUCAUGCCCUUCGUCAUCAUCACAGACCUUGUGGGAGGAGAGUGGCUCUUUGGGGAGGUCUUCUGCAAUGUCUUCAUCGCCAUGGAUGUCAUGUGCUGCACAGCGUCCAUCAUGACUCUCUGUGUCAUCAGUGUCGACAGGUACCUGGGCAUCACACGGCCGCUGACAUACCCGGUGAGACAAGAUGGGAAGCUGAUGGCCAAGAUGGUGUUCACUGUCUGGCUCCUCUCCGCUUCCAUCACACUCCCACCGCUGUUUGGCUGGGCCAAGAACAUCACUGUGGAGCGGGUGUGCCUCAUUAGCCAGGACUUUGGCUACACCGUCUACUCCACCGGUGUGGCUUUCUACAUUCCCAUGAUGGUCAUGCUGGUGAUGUACCACCGCAUCUACAAGGCGGCCAAGGCCAGCGCCCAGAAGCAUCGCUUCAUGGACUUCCCAAGAUCCCACAGACAAGAUGGAGCUUCUUGUGCGGAAGCCGGUGCCCGGCACCAACCCAACACCAAGCGCAACAAGGCAGCGGAGGAGUGUGCCACGUUGUCGAAGCUCCUGCGCCAAGACCGCAAAAACAUCUCCAUCUUCAAGAGGGAGCAGAAAGCUGCCCGCACCCUGGGCAUCAUUGUGGGGGCCUUCACUUUCUGCUGGCUGCCUUUCUUCUUGAUGUCUGCCGCCAGGCCUUUCAUCUGCGGAAGCCACUGCAGCUGCAUCCCGCUGCGGCUGGAGAGGACCCUGCUGUGGCUGGGCUAUGCCAACUCCCUCGUCAACCCCUUGAUCUACGCCUUCUGCAACCGGGACCUGAGGACUACCUUCUGGAACCUGCUGCGCUGCAGCUAUCGCAACAUCAACCGGAGGCUCUCAGCGGCCAGCAUGCAUGAAGCCCUGAGAGUGACAGAGAAGCAUGAGGGCAUCCUGUAGAACUGAGGACCCUCUAGGUCAGGCGUGGGCAAACUUUGACCUUCCAGAUGUUUUGUCCAAAACACCUGGAGGGCCCAAAUUUACCAAUGCCUGCUCUAGACUCUCCUGGAGAUGGCAUUACUACAUGGUGAGGGACUUUUUCACCUACCGAAAAAUGAAAGAACAGGGCUUCCUUGCUCUUACUAAGUGCUCAGCAUCCAUUCUUUAGGUUGUCCUUUUCUGGAAUAGCUUUGCAAAUAAGUCUAAAUAGGUACUACAAUGGCGACAACAACGGCAACAACCAGAACCCAAACUCCCAUAAUAUAUCCAUUUUAAUCUAAUCCACGAAUAACACAUUC